AUUGGCUAAUUGGCUUUCGUAGUUUGAUUUAUACGAAGAAAUUUCUCCGGUGAAAAGAGAAAGUUUUUGUAUUAAUAACAGCAAUACGCCAAUACAGCAUAAAACUAAUAAUUUAUAGUAAUACAAUUAUUAACUUACUAAAAUAACAUGGUGUAUUCUCAGUGAUAAAAGUCAAAACUUACCAAUACUUAUAGAGAUUGUUAUUUAACAUAAUAUUUUAUUAUUUACAAAAGUACAAUAAACAAAAAAUGUUUCAAAUUCUGCUAACUUAUUUUAAAAUAAUACAAUACCAAAUUUGUUAUUAUUUUUUGGGGAUAUUUGCCGUUCUUGAUGAUUUAAAAAAUCGAGAUAAAAAUAAGUUAGAAAUAAUCAGCAAACCAGGAAAAGUAGCUGUUAUUACUGGAGGUGCUCGAGGCAUUGGCUUGGAAGUAGUUAAGAAAUUAGUCCAAUGUGAGAUGCAUGUUAUAAUUGGAUGCCGCAAUGUGAAAGCAGGUCAAAGAAUAAUCCGACAGCAUAUUACUUCUAAUGCAUCUAUUGAAAUUUAUGAACUUGAUCUUAAAUCAUUUACUUCUGUAAAAAGUUUUGCUCAACAAGUAUUACAAAAUCAUGAUCAAAUUCAUCUACUUGUAAAUAAUGCUGGUGUUAUGUUUGUACCAUUUGAACUCUGCGAGGAUGGUUAUGAAGCACAUUGGACUAUAAAUUAUCUGAGUCAUUUUUUACUAACAGAAUUAUUAUUACCCGCUCUAAAAAGGUCAAGUUCCACAAACGAGCAUGCAAGAAUAAUAAAUGUAUCAUCUUGUGCUCAUGAAGCUUCUCCUUUAAUCAAUUUUGGCUCAAUAAGUAACAGUCAUACUUAUAUUACAAACGCAGCUUAUGCAAAGUCUAAACUAGCUCAAAUAAUGUCAACUAAAUAUUAUAAUAAAAUAUUAGCAAAUACUAAUGUUCAAGCUUUUGCUGUACAUCCUGGUAUAGUAAAUACAGAGUUAUUUAAUGGAACAUUAUUGAAAAUGACAAUGCCAUGGAUAUUGAGCUACAUUUGCAAAACCCCAGAAGAAGGAUCACGAAGUGUUGUUUAUGCUUGUAUUUCUCCAAAAUUAGAAGGACGUGGUGGUUACUAUGCAAAUUGUCAAUCUGCAAAAAAUUUACCGUAUGCCGAUGAUGAAGAGACACAAAAAAAACUUUAUGAUACAUCCAUGGUUAUGAUCAAGCAUUUUUUAAUUGAUUGAUUUCAUAACUAUUUCAUAAUCUUUUAUUUUAUAUUUUAAAUUAUUUGUUUUUCAAUAUUAUAAAAGACUGAUUUAAUUUUCAUUAAUUCUGCUUGUAUUUAUUAUUUAUAUAUAUAAAAUAAAUUUAUUGUAGUAAAAUUAUAGUAUAAUUAACUAGUAUAAUACUUAACAAAUAUUAGUUAAUAAAUUAAAAAUAUCUAUUUGUUUUAUUAAUUAAAAACAUUAAGAUAAUAUAUUUUAUAUUUAUUUGUUAA